AUGUCGACUGUGGCCUUUAAUAAGGCUUUGGCAGCUGGCGGUAUGGACACGGUUGCGGGCUACGAAGCAUACUAUCGCAUGGAUCAAAGCGAUGUUACGGAUUAUCCUAUCAUUGACUGGACAAGCUAUCCCGCAAAAAAUGUAAACAUCAAAUAUCCAAUGGCUGGAAAUAAAAGUCAUUAUGUAACACUUCAUGUUUACGAUUUAAAAUCCAAAAAAACGACGCUGAUUAAAACCGAAGGACCAAAAGAACAAUAUCUGACAAACGUUUCCUGGAGUCCUGACGAAAAGAAAAUUUACAUUGCUGUUCUUAACCGCGAACAAAAUCAUUACAAACUCAACGAGUACGAUGCAACAACGGGAGCUUUU